AUUGAUGCAACAACCAUCAUAGAGUGCCUCCACUCCUUCUGUAAGACCUGUAUCGUGCGCUACUUGGAGACCAGCAAGUAUUGUCCUAUCUGUGAUGUCCAAGUUCACAAAACUCGACCGCUUUUGAAUAUAAGGUCAGAUAAAACUCUCCAAGAUAUUGUAUACAAGCUAGUACCAGGCCUUUUCAAAAAUGAAAUGAAAAGAAGAAGGGAUUUUUAUGCUGCUCACCCGUCGGCUGAUGCUGCCAAUGGCUCUAAUGAAGACAGGGGAGAAGUGGCUGAUGAAGACAAAAGAAUUAUAACAGACGACGAGAUAAUAAGCUUAUCCAUUGAAUUCUUUGACCAGAAUAGACUGGAACGAAAAGGAAGUAAGGAGAAAGAAAAAUCAAAGGAGGAGGUGAAUGACAAAAGAUACUUACGCUGCCCAGCAGCGAUGACAGUGAUGCAUCUGAGAAAGUUCCUGCGGAGUAAAAUGGACAUACCUAACACUUUCCAGAUCGAUGUGAUGUAUGAAGAAGAGCCCCUGAAGGACUACUACACCCUGAUGGAUAUUGCCUACAUCUAUACCUGGAGGCGGAACGGGCCUCUCCCCCUGAAAUACCGGGUCCGACCUACUUGCAAGAGGAUGAAGAUCAGUCACCAGAGGGAAGGCUUGAAUAACAGCGGGGAGCUGGAAAGUGACUCUGGGAGCGACAAGGCCAGCAGCCCGGCGGGAGGCAUCCCCUCCACCUCCUCCUGUUUGCCCAGCCCCAGCACGCCGGUCCAGUCUCCGCACCCCCAGUUCCCGCACAUCUCCAGCACCAUGAACGGCACCAGCAGCAGCCCCAGCAGUAACCACCAGUCCUCCUUUACCAACAGAGCACGGAAAACGUCGAUAAAUGGCUCCUCAGCCACUUCAUCUGGUUGA